AUGUUGAUAUCACGCAUUUUUACAACUGUUACUUUAAAAUAUCAAAAUCGUUUCGGAUUAACUAAAACUCGAUCUUUUCUAUCACAUCCAUCAGUUGGAUUGUCAUCGGAAAAUGGAAGUAAUCAGGGAAAUCAACCUUUAAAUGCAUUGGAUUCUCUAUCAACGAAGAAAUCAAUCGAUGAUAGUACUAAUAAUGAAUGGUUGUGGGCAUAUUUACGUGAUCGACAAAGUUUCUCAGAUCUUACCGAAGCACAGAGGCGGCGUGUUAUUGAAAUUGAACUUCAAACAUUACGCGAAAGUGGUGAUCGCGUACCAGAAGUCGUACCAGAUGAUAGAUGGACUCAAUUAAUCAAUACGCCUAUAGUCGAACAUCGAAAAAGUAUUUAUGGAUAUCUUUUUCUUCGUGAAUUAUAUCGUAAACGUCGUGCAAGCAUUGUAGCUGAAAAUAAUAUUCGUCGUAUUGAAUCAAUCAAACGUCGUCAAGAGUUACUUGCUGAAGGAAAACCACCAACAAAUUAUCCGGGUUACUCAUCGAUAUUUCGACAUUUAGGUCGACAACAAGAAAAAUAUUUACGUGAACAAGCAUUUCUUGCACCUGCAAUUCUCGGCGAAGCAGUUGUUAUUGAUUGUGGCUUUGAGAAUGAACAUGCACGUGAACAUUAUCUAUUGAAUUUAGUUGAUCAAAUACAAUAUUUAUUUGCUGAGAUUCAUCGUUAUCAUUCACCAUCCUUUGUUUAUCUAUGUAAUUUAUCAAAGGAUGGACGAUUACAAGCAGAAUUCAAUCGUCGAUCACCAUUAGAGACUUUAUGUCUUGAACCAACAGAAUCAAGUUAUUUGGAUGUAUUUCCACAAGAGAAACUUAUUUAUCUCUCGCCGGAUUCUAACGUUGAAAUGACUUCAUUUGAUCACGAUGCAGUUUAUAUUAUUGGUGGAAUUAUUGAUCUUAGUGGUAAAAAACCAUUAACAUUCGGUAAAGCAAAACGAGACAAUAUCAGACAUCAACGAUUUCCUAUCGAUCGAUACGUGAAAUUUGGUGGUGGUAGCGGUAAAACGUUAACAAUCGAUCAAGUGUAUAAUAUUUUAAUGACAUUAAAACAUACUGGUUCUUGGACUGAAGCAUUUAAAUAUAUUCCGGAUCGAAAAGUAGUUGAACGCUAUUCAGGAAAAUUGGAUGAGAAACAACAGUUUGAAUACGAAAAAUUUGGCCGUUGGACAGGUCUUAAUGCUAAGCAUUAA